AUGAAAGAGUGUCACACCGCAGAGUUUACUCUUCUCCAAACAGCAUUGACGGAGCAAGAACUGGAACUGACACCGGAUGGAAAACACGUCCGCUGGGCCAACACGAAUCCACGACAUCCACGAAAUUGGCAUCCGCUACGGAAGGCUUACGAUAUAGGCGUCAUCAUUCUUCUGGAGUUUUAUACCACUGCUGUCAGCACAUCAGGAGCAACGGCCGCGAAAGAUGCUCGUCACCAAUUUGGAAUCAGUCUUACUCUGUCUAUAUUCCUCUACGUCUCUAGUUUUUCGUUAGUGCAGGGUGUCGGAAAUAUUUUAUUUCCACCUUAUUCCGAAACAUUUGGGCGAAAGGGGCUCUACGUGAUAAGCACGGCCAUCUUCAGCAUAUUCUGUGUCAUCAUUGCCGCCGUUCCAUCACCAGCAGCUUCCGUCGUUGGCCGUGCCGUGACCGGCUUCGUCUCCGCGAUUCCCAAUGUGGUGAUCACCGGUAGCAUCGAGGAUAUGUUCAAUUCACGGGAUCGCAUCUGGCUGGUAUUUGUGUAUUUCGCCAUCGCCGAUUUUGGGGUUGCUACGGGGCCCGUGAUGAGCAUGCACAUCACUACGCGUCUUGGAUGGAGAUGGGUGUUUUAUAUUUCCGCCAUGGUUACGGGGUUCCUAGGAGGACUGCUGUUGCUGAUCAAAGAAUCACGGCCGUCGCUCCUGCUGGCCCGGGAAGUCGAGCAUUUGCGGAAGGUGACUGGGGACGAGUCGCUCCAGCCGCUAAAUCCCGACCAUGCGCCCGACUUUCGCACCUUUGUGCGUACCGCUCUUCUUAGGCCAAUUCGCCUAUUUGCCACAGAACCUAUUGUGUUCAUUUGCGCGAUUAUGCAGGGGACCUCCGUCGCCUUGAUCUACCUGUUCACUGAAGCUUUGCCCCCGAUUUACCAGUCAAUGGGCUUCGCGCCAGCGCCAUCCAGCCUUCCAUUUUUCGCCAUUGCUCUUGGAUUCCUGGGCAACAUUGUUACUCGCCUCUGGGAUAUUCGCAUUGCCAAUCGCCAUCGGGAGAAGGGUCAUCCGCCGUUGCCCGAAAACAAACUGAUGGGUCUCUUUGUGGCCGCGCCGGCGUUGGCCACGGGCCUCUGGUGGUUCGCUUGGGUUAUUCCUCCGGCGAUCAAAAAUGUGCACUGGUUUGUGAGCUGCUUGCCGCUGUUCUUGGUUGGCUUUGCUCUCAACGAGUUCAGUAUUGUGCUGGCAGGGUAUAUGGCCGACAGCUACCUAGGUUACGCGGCCAGCGGGUUCGCGGCGCUUGCCCUCGCACGCUCAGUCCUGUCAGCCAUGUUUCCGCUCUUUGCGGACAAUAUGUUCAACGCACUAGGUUCGAAUGUUGCAGUCUCCGUUUUGGCAUCUGUGGCUACUGUGUUCUGUGCCACGCCAUUUCUUUUUACUUAUUACGGGCGGCGACUGCGGGAGAGGAGCCAGUUCGCCAAAUACAGUUUGCAGGUUUAUACCGAAAACACGGUGGACCAGGAGGGAUAUUAG